CAUCUUCCCUCCCAACCCUCCUCCUUCCUCCUCGGGAUCUCUUCCCCUCCGUUUCCCCCCAUAUCCCGUUUCCCCCGCCUCGUAUCUCUCUCUCUUUCUAUAUAUAGCCUCGAACCCUCUUCUCGCUCUUUCACGCUUGCCGGUUAGGUUUAGGUAGAACUAGGGUUAGGGUUAGAGUUUGGAGGGGAUCGAUGAAGGGACGGCGGCGCUGCGAGCUGUGCAAGGGCAUCGCCGCCGUGUACUGCGAGGCGGACGCGGCGUUCCUCUGCUGGCCCUGCGACGCCCGCGUCCACGGCGCCAACUUUCUCGUCGCCCGCCACCUCCGCCGGAUCGCCUGCGCCGAGUGCCACGCCCUCGACGACGCCCGCAUCAUCUCCGGCGCCGGAUCGCCCCCCAUCCGCUCCCUCUGCGGCUCCUGCCGCCGCAGCCCUCCGGAAGAAACCGCCUCCUCGGAUUCCUCUUCGUGCGUCUCCACCGCCGAUUCGGAAUCGGCCCGGAGAGGAGCAGAGGAGCAGGGUAUUCUGGUCAAUUGGGCCCGGAGGAUGGGGCUGGGGGAUCCAGGCUCGAGGCGGUGCGCGGCGGCGGCGACGCGCGUGCUGCGCGCGUGCUCGGGUAAAAUGACGGCUACGCCCCUCCGGGUUGGCCUGGCGGCCGCGCUCUGGUUCGCCGUGAAGAGACGCGGCACGUGCGAGGGGGCCAGGCUGAGGGCUCUGGAGUUGUGUUCUGGUGUGCCCGCCAAGCUUAUCGUGGUCGCCGAGUCAAGGCUCGCUCGGGCCGCGAGGCGAGCCCGAGUCGGCGAGGAGAAGGAGGGAUGGGCCGAGUGCCGCUGAGCAAGCGAAGACUAUUUGCGUCAGGGGUUUUUUUUCUUCUGGCACGUGUGAGUUUUUGGUGAUAUAUGUUCUUGUUUUUAGAGGUUUAUCGGUAGUUUUUGUAUAUAUUGCUUUUCCUUUAUCUCCCUCUGUCCCUUGUACAAAAGGAAAAAAUACAUGUAUUAGAGAUGAUAUGUGCUUAUUAAUCUCGAUAUGGCUGCUUAAGUUUGGUCUUUUGCAAU